AUGGCACUGGAGCAGGCGCUGCAGGCGGCGCGGCAGGGCGAGCUGGACGUGUUGAGAUCGCUGCACGCCGCCGGUCUGCUGGGACCCUCGCUACGGGACCCCCUGGACGCGCUGCCCGUGCACCACGCGGCCCGCGCCGGCAAGCUACACUGUCUGCGCUUCCUGGUGGAGGAGGCCGCCCUGCCCGCCGCGUCCCGAGCGCGCAACGGCGCCACACCAGCCCACGACGCCGCCGCCACCGGCCACCUGGCCUGUCUGCAGUGGCUGCUCUCGCAGGGCGGCUGCCGAGUGCAGGACAGAGACAAUUCUGGUGCCACAGUUCUGCAUCUGGCUGCCCGCUUCGGCCACCCUGAGGUGGUGAGCUGGCUGCUGCGUCAUGGCGGUGGGGACCCCACCGUGGCCACAGACACGGGCGCCCUGCCUGUCCACUAUGCUGCCGCCAAGGGAGACUUCCCCUCUCUGAGGCUGCUCGUCGGGAGCCACCCUGAGGGAGUGAAUGCCCAGACCAAGAACGGUGCCACGCCCCUGUACCUGGCGUGCCAGGAGGGCCACCUGGAGGUGACGCAGUACCUAGUACAGGAGUGCGGUGCGGACCCGCACGUGCGCGCCCACGACGGCAUGACCCCACUGCACGCGGCCGCGCAGAUGGGCCACAGCCCGGUCAUCGUGUGGCUGGUGAGCUGCACCGAUGUGAGCCUGUCGGAGCAGGACAAAGACGGCGCCACGGCCAUGCACUUCGCGGCGAGCCGCGGCCACGCCAAAGUGCUCAGCUGGCUCCUGCUGCACGGUGGCGAGAUCUCGGCUGACCUGUGGGGCGGGACCCCGCUACAUGACGCCGCGGAGAACGGGGAACUGGAGUGCUGCCAGAUCCUGGUGGUGAACGGCGCGGAGCUGCACGUGCGCGACCGGGACGGGUACACGGCCGCCGACCUGUCCGACUACAAUGGCCACAGCCACUGCACUCGCUACCUGCGCACUGUGGAGAACCUGAGCGUGGAGCACCGUGUGCUGUCGCGGGACCCGUCCACUGAGCUGGAGGCCAAGCAGCCCGACUCGGGCAUGUCCUCGCCCAACACCACCGUGUCAGCGCAGCCGCAGAACUUCGACCUGGGCUCGCCCGCCAGCACCCUCUCCAACUACGACUCCUGCUCCUCCGGCCAUUCGAGUAUCAAGGGUCGCCGUCCUCUGCUUGGACUGCCUGGUGCCGGAGCUGCCGACAUGCAGGGCUACAUGGACCUGCUGAACCCGGAGCUGGGCCUGCCUCGGGGCAAGACGGGGAAACCUCCACCCCCACCUCCUCCCCCGAGCUUUCCUCCACCACCGCCACCCCCGGGCACGCAGCUGCCCCCGCCCCCACCACCGGGCUACCCGGCACCCAAGCCUCCAGUGGGGCUGCAUGCGGCUGACAUAUACAUGCAGACCAAAAGCAAGCUGCGCCAUGUGGGGCCCGACAGUCUCAAGGAGCCCAGCUCCCGCGACGGCCUAAACGGACUGCGGAGGCAGGACUCCGGCCGCAAACCUCGCGCCUUCAGCAAGCAGCCCAGCACGGGGGACUACUACCGCCAGCUGGGCCGCUGCCCCGGGGAGCCGCCGGUCGCACGCCCGGGCAUGGCGCACAGCGACGAGGUGCGGGUCGGGCAGCCCGCAGCCGCCGGCCUCGCGGGACCUGGGCCCGCCGCACGCCCCUCACUCGCCGGCCCCUCCGAUCGCCCGCAGGCCGCGUUGCUGCCCGGCGACCACGUGCACAACGGCUGCGCUGCGGACCCCAAGGCUUCGCGGGAGCUCCCGCCGCCACCGCCGCCACCGCCGCCCCUGCCCGAGGCCCUGAGCUCGCCGCCGCCUGCCCCGCCUCUGCCCUUUGAGGGCGCGGGCCCGGGCUGCGGGCAGCGCCGCUCCUCCUCGUCCACAGGCAGCACUAAGUCUUUCAACAUGAUGUCUCCGACGGGCGACAACUCGGAGCUCCUGGCCGAGAUCAAGGCGGGCAAGAGCCUGAAGCCGACGCCGCAAAGCAAGGGGCUGACCACGGUGUUCUCAGGCAGUGGGCAGCCGGGUUUUCAGACCGACUCGCCACCACUGCCACCACCUGUGUCGCCUGCGCCAUCACGGGCUCGGAGUCCCACCCCACCAGCCACGGGGCCGCAGCCACUGCUGAACGGCAGCAUGGUGCCCGCACCACCAGCCACCCCCGCCCCGGGCGUGCAGCUGGACGUGGAGACCGUCAUCCCCACGCACGAUGAGCAGGGCCGGCCCAUCCCUGAGUGGAAGCGCCAGGUGAUGGUACGCAAGCUGCAGCAGAAGAUGCAGGAGGAGGAGGAGCAGAGGCGGAAGGAAGAGGAGGAGGAGGCGCGGCUGGCCAGCCUGCCCGCCUGGAGGCGGGAACUCCUGCGGAAGAAGCUGGAAGAGGAGAGGGAGCAGAAGCGAAAAGAGGAAGAGCGACAGAAGCAAGAGGAGAUCCGGCGGGAGCGGGAGCAGUCCGAGAAGCUGCGGACGCUGGGCUACGACGAGACCAAGCUAGCGCCCUGGCAGCGCCAGGUCAUCCUCAAAAAGGGCGACAUCUCCAAGUAGCAGCGGUCGCGGCCUCCCGCUCGCAGCCUCGCGCGCUCGGGGUGCCGGGGACCCUCCUCUACCCCCGCCAGCCCCCAGCCCCGGCCCUGGCCCGGGGCUGCAGGGCCUGGGCGGAAGGGCAGGGCGUCGCGCGGCCCCCACCUUCCGCGCCGGAACCCCUCCCCGGCCCCAUCUUGCCUCCCGCAUCCCCGGCCCCGCUCCCGCUGCUGACGCAGAGCUGCUGCGCGCUCGCCUGCCGCCUCAAGCACAUUUGCAUGUCGGGGGGCCGCCAUCGGGGUGCGCCACGCUCCCCCGGGGCCCGUGGGCGGCGACUCUUGGUGCGGCCGUUUGCGCCCGGGAGCCCGCGGCGCUGGCGCAUCCUGGGCGGAGGCAGCCCCGGAGCUCGGGCAAGGGGCUUUCCUGCGUCCCUGACCCAGAUCUGCGCCGGCCCUGUCGCCGCCCAGGGUUUCCGCCCAGUCAUUUGUUUACCAGAAAAAGAUGAAAGCGGCCCCGUCGUGGGGCCGCCCCUGCGCCCCGACCCC